AGUGUAUAACGCGCGAAAAGUACGUGCAGGAUAUUCGGUAUUUUCUUCGGUAAACAGCAGUCGCCGCGAAAUGUUCAAUCGCUUAAUCGAAUUUUGUGAUUGCGCGGAUUAAUAUUCAAUAAUCGCUUGUAUACUGUAAUUGCGUUUUGACGUGAUACGUGAAGAUAUUUUUCGCGAUCGUGUCUCGUGUCUCGAAAACUAAGGUCCGUUCUACAUUGGUCCAUCAGCUGCAUUCCAACAUUCCAACUCCGAGUGUGACUCAGAUACGACGUAUUGACGUAUGCACACCUAACCUGUGUGAUUUCGUUUGCUGUAGUUUGAUAUGCAUAACUGCGAAAGAAUGUAAUUCUUGUCGCUAUUAUUGUUAAAUUCACGAAUUAUUCGUUAUUAAUUAGCUCAAAUCUUGCGGAAUUUACAGUUGUAUAAAUAUCGAUUUAUUGUUUGAAAGCUGACUUAAUGAACUGUUGAAGAUGGCUGAUACACAGUCAGUCACUGCAAACACGGAAGAGUCAGAGAAACAAGAUGAGCCUAUGAAGAAUUAUAAGUUUGAUGGAAAAACUUAUAUCUAUACUGAUCAAGCAACAAAUAUUACUUACAGAUUUGAUCAAGAAAAAAAUAAAUGGAUAGUAAAGGAAGAUGAUAAAGAGAGCUCUUGUAACAAGCAAAGCUCUGAUAGAAAGGAAGAGGAAGAAAUUUCUAUUCCUAAAGCUAGUGCUGAUACUGGUGCUUUUGGCUUUGAGAAUGAUACGCAUACUUAUACGGAUCCAACUGACGGCAGUGCAUAUUUCUGGGACAAGGAGAAAAAUGCCUGGUUUCCAAAAGUUGAUCAGGAUUUCAUGGCUAAGUAUCAAAUGAGUUAUGGCUUUACAGAUAUUAGUGCACCACAGCCAAACCCAUCUGAGCCAAACCAAUCUCAGAAAGCCAAAGAAGAAAAGGAACAGAGGAGAAUAGAAGCAAAGCGAAAAGCUCAGGAAGCACCGACUUGGUUUGAGGUCGAUGAGGCGCAUAACACCGCUAUUUACGUUUCCGGCCUACCUCUGGAUAUUACUAUGAAGGAGCUCACGGAACUCUUCACCAAAUGUGGCCUCAUAGCUAGGGAUGAAAAAGGGAAGGACAAAAUCAAGCUAUACAGGGAUGGCAAUGGUGAACCAAAGGGAGAUGCUCUUUGUACUUAUAUCAAGGUCGAGUCGGUGGAUUUGGCGUUGAAAAUUUUAGACGGCUCGCAAAUCCGAGGGAAAACAUUGUCGGUCCAGAGAGCGAAGUUCCAAAUGAAGGGCGAGUACGAUCCCGCGUUGAAACCGAAGCGGAAAAAAAAGGAUAAGGAGCGGCAGAAGAAGAUGCAAGAAAAAUUGUUUGACUGGCGACCGGAGCGCAUGCGGGGCGAACCGCUAAAGUGCGAAAGGGUUGUUAUUAUAAAGAACCUUUUCACACCUGAGGACUUCGACAGGGAUGUCCAGCUGCUUCUAGAAUACCAACAGGACAUCCGGUCCGAGUGUCUUAAGUGUGGCGACGUCAGGAAGGUCAUCAUUUACGACAGACAUCCUGAAGGAGUAGCGCAAGUCACAUUCCGAGAACCGGCAGAGGCUCAAGCUUGCAUACAGCUUCUGAACGGCCGUUGGUUCAGCCAGAGGAAGAUAUCAGCGGAGAUCUGGGACGGCAAGACCAAAUACAAAAUUACAGAAACUGACGCGGAGAUUGAAGCGCGACUAGAAAAAUGGGAUACAUAUCUGGAGCAAGAAGACGAAAAAAAAGCAAAGAAGGAGCAGGAAACGAGCAGUAAGAUGGAGCAAAAAGUAUCACAAUAAGAAUGCAUUCCACGAUCGAUAAAAUUGUAAUCAUGUUUUAACAAAUUCUAUUUUCCUUAUUUCCAAAAAUCCUCGUCGUCGUUUCACUUUUAAUGUUAAGCUCAAAGCUUUUCCUUUAGGCGUUUUAAUAAGAGCAUGAUGAUUAAUCGAUUCUGUCGACGACGGCGUGGUUGAGAUUUUAAGCUGCUCGCAGCUUUGUCGUUGAAUCGGCGCUACUGUUGUAUUAGUGAUAUAUUGUUAGUCGUUGCAACAAUAAAGAUACCUCUUCGAGUUAU